CAUUAAUAUCUUUGAGUUGAAGUUUAGUUUUCAGCUCUCUAGUGUAUACCUACUUCUAGUAUUCAUACUCCUCUAGCUGCCUAGCUCAUGAUUAACUUGUUCUUGUUUAUAAUAAUUGAAGUAGGUUUGGCUAAAUCUCUUGUAAAUUUUUUAUUUUGGUUUAGUAUAGGUAUACUUGUCAGAGUCUUUGCAAUCAUUGUUGUAUUUAAUGUUGUCAGCAAUAUCACUCAUGAUACCCAACCAUGGAAAGUUUCAUGACGUCUGAUCCAAGAUGCUAAGUGCUAUCAAAUUAUACAAACUCUAGAUGCUGCAUGGUCAAUGCUUGCUGAGAUUGUUUGUCAAUUUGUCAUCAUGUUGUUUCAACAAAAAAAUUUGAGUACCCAAAUCUCAGCUCUCUGUUCUUUGAAUCAACAAAUAGUCCUUGUGGGAGAAGGACAGUACGUACUGGUGUACACGUCCCUGUCCAAGCAGCUGCUCCAGAAGAUUAAGGUCUUCACUAAGGUGUCUGUCCAUGGCUUUUCUACAUCAACACAGCCUCAUGGAUGCGGCGGCAGUGCAGUGCUGGUGUGGGGGCAGCGCUGCUUCAGAGUGCUGCAUCUUGAUGAGCAUGGACAAUGCUGUGUCAUUCUGCCAGAGCAAGUGGCUGAAGACUGGAUUAUAUCAGGAUGUUGGCUGCAUAGUUCUCCCAUGGCAACCAAGGAGCUGAUUGCACAUAAACAGGAAGGCUGCAACUACAGCAAAUGUCCCUCGGACGUGAAAUUACCUCAAUGUAAAAAGCUGGAAUUGAAUGCUGUUGAUAUGAAUUUUCAGAAAUUUAUUCUGAUGACAGCUCACAGUUCGUCUCUCAUUUAUGCCAUGCACUCUCAGUGCAUAACUGUGAAGGCUUUUGAUGCGCCUGAAACCGCGUAUCAGGCUUUGGAGCGUCGGGAAAUUGAACUUUAUUGUAGUUCCUCCUCAGAUGAGGUGCGGCAUCCCCCCAUAGAAAGCGGAAACUCGCCCACUAAUAUCGACCAUGAGACUGUGAAACUAUACGCUGUCACUCUUAUAGACAGAGUGCAAUGCUCAGACAAAUGUAUUUUGUUCAGUGGUUGCAUCAUAGCUGAGUCAAACCUUUGUGGUGAAGCAGCUCGUGUCUGUAACGCUUCAGAUGAAAAUAUUUCCCGAGAACAAGAUGAAAAUUAUAGUGAUUUUGUAAUUGAUAAAUCUAGUCAAAAUACUGCAGAAGCUGGAUCUGUCAGUCCAUGGAACUCUUAUAGUUGGGUGUGUGUUGGGGGCACAGUCAUGGGCUAUCUCAUCAUCUGGGGAGCCCAUGGGACCCCACAGGGAAGUGAAGUCACCCCAUGGCACAUCCUCCAGGUUCACAAGGGGGUGGUUUUCUCGGUUGCAUGGAACCCACAGGCCCGGUUACUGACCACCACGUCGGACGAUAGGCUUGUGAAGACGUGGUCUGUACAAGACACAUGUUCUCCACAGCCUCCUUCACUUUACUUGAACAACAGCUGCUGCAAUCGAGAUUUUAUAUCUUCAAAUAAUUCCGAAACUUGUUCGCAGACCAGCCCGGAAAUUUCUCUUCACAAAGAAAAUAACUUGUCUCGUGAGAGAACAACUUUCAAUUCUCUUGAAUUGCUAACCCCAAUAGAGACCUUUGGUUCAAUUGCGUCCAAAGCGAGUCCUGCCAUUAAAAAUAUUACUAAUCAUUCUGGAAAUAAUGAGAUUGAAUUUAGGGAAAGAAAUGAGUCUGGUCUUGAAUCAAAUGAAGUUGAAGCUAACCUCAUUCAACAAGUUGACACUGGCCCGAAUUCGUUGGUCACGAAAACUAGUACAUCAAAAACCAGCAAAAUUCUUGCUGAAAAAUCGAAUUGCUGGAGACGUUGCAAGGUUCAGCCAACUUUGUCAUGUCCUGGGCACGACGCCCGCGUGUGGCGCAGCUGCGUGGUGCAGUGUGAUGAGCAGCAGUACGUGGUGAGCACUGGAGAAGACUCGCGUGUGUGCGUGUGGAGCAACUGUGGUGACUUGGUGCGUGCGUGGAUUGCGCAUGAGGGAGCCAGCGUGUGGUGCGUGGUCACGCAGUCGUUGGUCAUCACGAAGAAUGAGCCUCCUGUUCUUGUGCUGAUCACGGGCGGCGGUGAUGGUGCCGUCAAAUUGUGGCCUUUGAAGCAACUUGUAGAAAAACGGGACAGUUUCUCACCAACGUCGUACCCGUGGAAUGAUGUGAAUUUUAACAGAGUAGUUCAGGAUUCAAAAAAAUUAAUAAAAACACAAAGGGAAAGUAAGUUAACCUAUGAGAAACAGACAUUCCCAUCAUCAUCCGGUACAAGAAAAUGCUCUGUCAGUCAUUCUCCAGCUCCUGAUGAUGUCGGUGAGAACGCUGUCUCCAUUGCUUCAAACGUUCCACUUGUACCUGAAGAAAAUACUCAAAGUCUUGCAGGUUCUAGUGACGUAAAUAUAGAGGCUGGAAACGAUUUAUUUGAUUUUAAAACAUCGGAAUCCCAUCCUCCUCCCUCCUGCAAGAAAGCAGUUCUGUCUGACUGCAAUAGUAAGCCUAACGACUCGUUCGUACGUUGCUUGGCUCUGGUCGAGUCCAGCCACUGCGUCUUGACUCUCGACAAUGGCCAAGUGUGGCUCUGGAAAUUACCAAUGAAUAAAAAUGCCCAAAAUUUUCAACUUAAUGAGCACGGUUGCAACUUAGGAAUGCCGAAAUCUUCCUCACAAUCGCAAAACUCAUUUCACCAAAGUUUUGGUGCUUCAAAUAUUCUAGCAACUACCAUGCAUUCUUCCUGCCAUCUCCAGAACAGUCCAAAUUUGGCCAAUUCCCAGAAAGAAAAUCCUCUAAAAAGUGACCAAGUUUCGACUGGUUUUGAGUUACUAAGCUCAACUUCUCAGCAUUUGAUAGAAAAUGAUGACGGAAGCCGAGAAAGUUCAAGUGUCUUCAAGACACAUGAAAAAAUUCCAGAAAAUGAGGAAAUUCAGAAGAGUAGCAUUACUCUCAACUGCCACGAAGAAGUGGCUGCAGAUGGAUCAGCCUGGCGACUGGUUGCUGAGGAUCGAGAGCGUCUCGGUGGCUACACCACAGUGGCUGUGGCACCCGCCACUGCCACAGUGGCAGUAUGUGGUCUUCACGGCGACGUCUUCGUGUGGCGAGACAUUCUACGGGCUGAGGCGCUGACGCCGCUGCUGCUGCACGCUGCACAAGCGAAGGUCGUGUGGUGCGCAUGGCUGAGUGACGUCACGCUGCUGCUGUCACUCAGCACCGGCCGUCUGCUGCUCUGCUCCCUAAACCUUCUGGAGUUGCAGCUACUGACCAGCUUUGAGCUGCCGGCAAGUAAACAGCGCUGGUGCACUGCCGCCGCGCUGCUCUCAGUGCCGCCACGGCAGCCGGGCGAGGAGGGUGUGUGCUCUGAAGCUCUGCUUGUCGGCGACCGUUCUGGCAGCAUUCAUGUUUUCAACAUGCACAGUCCCAACCCGGUUGGAACUGCAAAGAGCGUGCACGGCUCAGGAGGAGUAACAAGCGUGCGUGCUCACCCCUCGACCGCCACUGGGACACUGGCCGUCUCCUCGGGACGUGAUGGUUGGCUGCGCUACUGGCGAUGCUCGCAGUCAGCCGCCAACACGAGUGUGCAGUUGACGGCGCUGAGUGCCACACGACACGGCGGUGCCACUUGGGUGGCAGCGGUGGUGCCGUGGCACGGAGACGUCCUGGUGCUGUCCUUCAGAGAGGUGCAUUUGGAAGUCUGGAGCUCAGAAGCUCGAGCAGAAGUGGCGCGAGUAUCGUGUGGCGGUGGCCACAGAGCGUGGGACAUCGGCAUUACUGCUGCGUGUGGCACGCAACAUCAACAUGAAUAUCAACAGAAGCAGCUGCAGCAACAAGAGCAACAACAACAAGCGCAGCAACAACAAAAAGAGCAGCUUGUGGUUGUGUUUCUGAAGGAGGGGCUGCCGCGGUGUUCUUACGUGCCUCUGUGUCGGGGGCUUGAACCCCUCAGGGUUGGAAUUAGCAGCAAGGCCACGCUGUGCGGUGCUGUGCUGCACAGUCUUUCUGGUAACGCUGUCGUUGCGGUGGCUGGAGAAGACAAUAAACUUCAGCUACUGCACUUCACGCCCUCUGGUGACAGGCGGCAGCUGCUCUCGAUCAACAGCCACAUUUCUGCCAUCCGUUGCUUGUCAGUCAUCAAGCCACGGCAGCAAGAAAAAAGGAUUUCAGAUUUUCCUGGCACGUGUGUUUUAGACCCGCUGAAAACUGAUACUUUGGAUCCGCUGAAAUCUCAAUCGGAAGAAAUUCCUGUCCAAGAACAAAAUCGAACAAUUUGUGGCUCAGAAAUUCCGGUUAAUAAAACCACAUCCAUUGGAGAAGAGUCUGGCAACUCUGUUUGGUUUAUCACUGGCGGAGGUAGAGCUCAGCUGAAAAUUUGGCAAUGUUCAAGGCAAAGUUUAAUCGCAAGUUAUGAGUGUGAUUAUCCAGUUUGUUCGUCCAAAGGCAAAACUCGAUUGCGUAAGCAGGAUGAAAGCAAGGAAUCUAUGACAAGAAUCCCUGCCGAGUCUCGUGGAUCGAUUGUCAUGGCGCAGGCUGACGCUGGUGGGAGACCUGAAGUAAUUCAAGAUGACAAAGCGCUGCAAACGUUCUUUUAUGACUUCCCAGCGUCACGAGAUAUGCCUUGUCUGAGCGACAUAGCGAGACGUUGUUCAGGUGCUGAGCCUCGCACAGCUGGCAGCUUGCGAGGGGCGGGGCUUGAGUGCAGUGAGGUUCUCAACCACCAGAUUUUCCAAGACAGACCUUCCUCGUGGCGGCAAAAACACGUGCAGGUCGAUGCGGAGGUGCGCCACAUGGCCUGCAGUGGCAUGUGGCUUAGCGACGCCACUGCCAUCAUCGCCAUCGCUUCAUCUGACGGAUCUUUAAGGAUUUUUCGACUUCACGACGCGCGCGGCAGUCCAGCCCUAGACGAGCUCUUCGUUUUCCAGUGGCCCAGAUGCCUUCUGCUGGUAGAUAUCGAUCUUCUCCAUCAGGAUACGAAUGGAGUGAACACGUGGGCUCUUAUCCACGUCACGGACACGGCUGGGCAGCUGCUGUGUUGUAGCAUUAAGGAUAUAAGCAGUGCCGCUGAAGGCAUUGAACUCAACUCUGUGGAACUGAUCGAUAAGUUCUCCAUCCAUAAGAUGGGUAUAAAUGCCAUGGAUAUCCUCGUUCUUGACGAGCAUUUAGUCAUGAAUCUUCACUUGCAAGCCACGUCACGAGUCGAGCUCCUGGUCACUGGAGGCGACGACAACACGAUCGUCGUGAGUCGUCUCUCAGUGACGUGUGACCAAUUAGGGCAAGGACCCGAGACUAAAGACGAGCUCGUCAACAGUGUCAGUCAACGUCUACACGCCCGACUCGACCGACUUGGUCAUGCCGUUCGCCAUUCCUCUCAAAUUACAGGUGUUUCAUGGCUGUCUAGAGACUCUUUCAUCAGCUCUUCAGUGGACCAGCGCUUGAUACUCUGGAAAAUAAAUGGCGACGUUUGGUCCGACAGCGUAACUCUGGUAGCCGUGCGCAGCGUCUUUAGUGCCGUUGCUGAUAUACACGGUGUCCUCGUCUGGCCUCACGUAAUUUCUGAUGAUCAUUCCGAAAUAAUAUCAAAAACUAAGCUGGAUCUUCCUCAUGUAACACCGCCAGUAUUAAAUCCAACUGGGAAUUCUCCUAAUUCUGAUGUCAAAACUCGAGAAGAUGGACUGUCGACUCCGACUCUUUGUGUUGAUAAAUGUCAAGAUCAUAUAACAGCUGAUAAUAUUCAUUUAAACACUUUAUCUCAAGAUCUAGGCAUAGACGUCAGAAACUGCCUUCAUAGAAUUAUGGUUUACGGAACAGGCUGUGAAUUGUGGGACCUAAAAAUUCCAAAUGUUGAAGUAUAACUACUAGUGUUAUUACCA